GAAAAAAUGUGGACGGUGUAUACAUCAAUAAAGGAUAUCACUCCGAAAACAAAAAACUGGAAGAUUAAGAUGAUCGUUGCGGAAAAGUCACCUAAACGAAUAAGCCAACGCACAGCAGUGAAGUACCAAAAUUUGAUAUUAAUUGAUAAAGAGGGAAAUCGAGUGCAGGCGACAAUGUUUGGAACUGAUAUUGACCCCCGGGAGAACACUUUAAAAAUUUUACAGUCCUAUUAUAUCAUCGAUGCAUAUGUCAAACCAGUAGAUCCAAAAUACAAAAUUGGAGAAUAUCAAUAUCAAUGGACCCUUAACUCAAAAACAAUAAUAGAAGAAGUUCCACAGAACGAAGAGCAAAUAGAUGCACCGAAAUAUGAGAUCAUCCCAUUCAAGGACUUGGAGGCUUAUAGAGGGUCGAUUGGAGAAAUAGAUAUUUUAGCUGUCGCAAUCAAAAUUAAGCCAACUAAAGAGAUAACGACAGCAUCUGGACCAACAACGAUCCAGGAGAUAUAUGUUAUUGAUGAAAGCUUGAACCCCAUAUGUUUGACUAUGUGGGGUCGAUUUGUCCAAGACGAAUGUCAGAAAAUAUCAGAUAUUAUUGAAGAUAAGCCGAUAAUACUUGGAACAAAAAUAUCUGUUGGAUCAUAUAACGGAUUGUCUCUAUCAUCACGUCCAUCAAGUACUUUUAUAAUCAAUCCUCUUCUUCCUGAGGCAGCUGCAAUGAAGCAAUGGGUUGAUUAA